AUGCCACCAAAUACACCACUAGUACCACCUUCACCUAAUUCAACUAUUCAAUCACUUGUCAUGCGAUCUUCAACGAUGAGUACACUGCCAACCAUAAAAACUAAUUCAGAUAGUAAUAAUGGAUCAUCAUCUCAACGUGAUGAUAUUUCUGUUACAUCAUUACAUCAGAAACGUAUUCAAUUGAAUAAUCGUAAAAGAGAAGAAAAGAAAGCAAUUGUGACAACUAAAACAAGUCCUCCUUAUGUUAUAUCAACUAUGGAACCAGGAGCAAAAUAUCGUCGUAAUGAAAUCCGUUCACAAUCUGACUUCGACAAUGAAGAUGAAUCAUCACGUUGGGAUACUAGUGACUGA